CCUGAUGGCUUUGGGGGCCUUGCUUCUAUUUUCCAUUAUUAUGUGGACUACCGGAGCGACAGCGCAGUCCAAGACCUUGCAGAGGGCAGGCAGGGAGGCUGGAGGAAAAGCAGAGAGAGCUCUUGCUGAGGGACCCUCCGUUUGUCUUGCCUUAGUUGGGAACGGGCUGACAUUGAACAACUUCAGCUGUUUGCUUUUAGGAUGUCUCGUCGCAAGCAAGCGAAGCCAAGAUCGCUGAAAGAUCCAAACUGUAAACUAGAAGAUAAAUCUGAGGAUGGAGAAUCGACAGAUUGCAAGAAGAGGCAGGAGGAAGGAGACGAGCUAGAAGAAGAAGCCGUUCACAGCUGUGACAGUUGCCUUCAGGUGUUUGAAUCUCUGAGCGAUAUCACUGAGCACAAAAUCAGUCAGUGUCAGCUGACAGAUGGCGCAGAUGUAGAAGAUGAUCCAACGUGUUCAUGGCCUGCUUCAUCACCUUCUAGCAAAGAUCAAGCAUCACCAAUCCACGGAGAAGGGUUUGAUUUUGGGGAAGAGGAAGGUAUUCCAGGACUGCCUUAUCCAUGCCAGUUCUGUGACAAAUCCUUUAGUCGCCUCAGCUACUUGAAGCAUCAUGAACAAAGCCACAGUGACAAGCUACCUUUCAAGUGCACAUAUUGUAGUAGACUGUUUAAACAUAAACGAAGUAGGGACCGCCAUAUAAAACUGCACACAGGAGACAAAAAAUAUCACUGCAGUGAAUGUGAUGCAGCAUUCUCCAGAAGUGAUCAUCUUAAGAUUCACUUAAAGACUCAUACAUCCAACAAGCCAUAUAAAUGUGCGAUUUGUAGGCGAGGUUUUCUAUCAUCUAGUUCUUUACAUGGUCACAUGCAAGUGCAUGAAAGAAACAAAGACUGCUCUCAGUCUGGGUCUAGAAUGGAUGAAUGGAAGAUGAAAGAUACUCAGAAAUGCAGUCAGUGUGAAGAAGGUUUUGACUUUCCUGAAGAUCUCCAAAAGCAUAUAGCUGAAUGUCAUCCAGAAUGUUCUCCAAAUGAUGACCGGGCUGCCCUCCAGUGUAUGUAUUGCCAUGAAUUAUUUGUGGAAGAAACAUCGCUGCUAAACCACAUGGAGCAAAUACACAAUAGUGAAAAAAAGAAUUCUUGUAACAUUUGCUCUGAAAACUUUCAUAGCAUUGAAGAGCUUUACAGCCAUAUGGAUAGCCAUCAGCAUCCAGAGUCUUGUAAUCCCAGUAACAGUCCAUCUUUAGUUACUGUUGGAUAUACGUCGGUUUCAAGCACCACCCCUGAUUCAAAUUUAUCUGUAGACAGUUCAACUAUGGUAGAAGUUGCUCCCCCAUUAACAAAAGGCCGUGGCAGGAAAAGGGCUGUUCAGCAGACAGGUGAUGUCAACGCACCGACAAGUAAGCAAGCAAAAGUUUCAUACAGCUGUAUCUACUGCAGCAAGCAGCUCUUUUCUAGCUUGGCAGUUUUACAAAUCCACCUUAAAACUAUGCAUUUAGAUAAACCCGAGCAGGCUCACAUCUGUCAGUAUUGUUUAGAAGUUUUACCAUCCCUCUACAAUCUAAACGAACAUCUGAAACAGGUACACGAAACUCAGGAUCCAGCACUAAUUGUUUCUACUAUGCCUGCCAUGGUGUAUCAGUGUAACUUUUGUUCUGAAAUAUUUAAUGAUCUUAAUGUGCUUCAGGACCACAUAAGAAGUUCACAUGGGUUUGCAAACCCCGUUGCUAAAGACAGCAAUGCCUUCUUUUGUCCCCACUGCUACAUGGGAUUCCUUACUGAUACAUCUUUAGAAGAGCACAUUCGACAAGUUCAUUGUGAUCUUAGCAAUUCUCGUUUUGGUUCCCCAGUGUUAGGAACUCCAAAAGAGCCAGUUGUUGAGGUUUAUUCUUGUUCAUACUGUACAAAUUCUCCAAUCUUUAACAGCGUCCUUAAACUGAACAAGCACAUUAAAGAGAAUCACAAAAAUAUUCCUUUAGCAUUAAAUUACAUCCAUAAUGGAAAAAAAUCUAGAGCCAUGAGUCCUUUGUCUCCUGUUACCUUGGAACAAUCUUCUCUAAAAAUGAUGCAGUCCUUUGGAGGCACUCCUUCAAGACCUGCAGGCGAAUAUAUCUGUAAUCAGUGUGGUGCCAAAUAUACAUCCCUCGACGGCUUUCAGACUCACUUAAAAACUCAUCUUGACACAGUUUUGCCAAAGCUAACAUGUCCUCAGUGUAACAAAGAAUUUCCAAACCAAGAAUCCCUUUUAAAGCAUGUUACUAUUCACUUCAUGAUCACCUCUACAUAUUACAUCUGUGAAAGCUGUGACAAGCAGUUCACAUCAGUUGAUGACUUACAGAAGCAUUUGCUGGACAUGCACACUUUUGUGUUUUUUCGGUGCACACUGUGCCAAGAGGUGUUCGACUCUAAGGUGUCCAUUCAGCUUCACUUGGCUGUGAAGCACAGUAAUGAAAAAAAAGUGUACCGUUGCACUUCAUGUAACUGGGACUUCCGAACAGAGACUGACUUGCAGCUCCACGUGAAGCACAAUCACUUGGAAAACCAGGGAAAAAUCCACAAGUGCAUUUUCUGUGGUGAAUCGUUUGGCACUGAGGUAGAGCUGCAAUGUCACAUAACAACCCACAGCAAAAAGUACAAUUGUAAAUUCUGCAGCAAAGCUUUUCAUGCAAUUAUUUUACUGGAAAAACACUUGAGGGAAAAACACUGUGUAUUUGAAUCGAAAACGCAAAACUGUGGGACCAACGGAGCUUCAGAGCAGAUUCAGAAAGAAGAAGUGGAGCUACAAACGCUACUCACAAACAAUCAAGAGUCCCAUAAUAGCCAUGAUGGUAGUGAAGAAGAUAUUGAUACGUCAGAGCCAAUGUAUGGCUGUGACAUAUGUGGAGCUGCCUAUACCAUGGAAACCCUUCUGCAAAACCAUCAGCUUCGGGACCAUAAUAUCAGGCCAGGAGAGAGUGCAAUUAUUAAGAAGAAAGCUGAACUGAUUAAGGGGAACUAUAAAUGCAAUGUAUGUUCGCGUACCUUCUUUUCUGAAGGUGGAUUGCGAGAACACAUGCAGACCCAUUUGGGACCAGUAAAGCAUUACAUGUGUCCAAUUUGUGGAGAGAGAUUUCCUUCUCUUUUAACUCUUACUGAACACAAAGUUACCCACAGUAAGAGCCUGGAUACUGGCAACUGCAGAAUUUGUAAACUUCCUCUUCACAGUGAGGAGGAUUUCUUGGAGCACUGUCAGAUGCACCCUGAUCUGCGGAACUCCCUGACAGGAUUUCGCUGCGUGGUUUGCAUGCAGACUGUGACCUCAACUCUCGAACUGAAAAUCCAUGGCACGUUUCAUAUGCAGAAAACUGGAACUGCAACUCCUAUUCAAUCUGCAGGUCGUGUACAGAACUUACAGAAAUUAUUUAAAUGUGCCUCAUGUCUGAAAGAGUUUCGCUCAAAACAGGAUCUUGUAAAGCUUGAUAUUAAUGGUCUGCCCUAUGGCCUGUGCGCUAGCUGUGUUAAUCUUAGCAAAAGUGCUAGUCCAAAUGCCAAUGUGACUUUAAGCUCUAACAGGCAGGUUAUAAGCCAAACUGACAGCCUGACUUGUGUGGAAGGUAAAAAUAAUAAGACAUCUGUUCUAAAGACUCGAUGCUCUAGCUGCAAUGUUAAAUUUGAAUCAGAAACUGAACUUCAAAAUCACAUUCAGACAAUCCACAGAGAGCUUGUCUCAGAAAACAGUACAACGCAACUGAAAACUCCACAAGUUUCACCAAUGGCCAGGAUAAGUCCUUCUCAGUCUGAAGAGAAGAAAACCUACCAGUGCAUCAAGUGCCAGAUGGUUUUUUACAAUGAAUGGGAUAUCCAGGUUCAUGUUGCAAACCAUAUGAUUGAUGAAGGCCUGAACCAUGAGUGCAAACUGUGCAGCCAGACAUUUGACUCUCCAGCCAAGCUACAGUGCCAUCUGAUUGAGCAUAGCUUUGAAGGAAUGGGGGGCACAUUUAAGUGCCCUGUCUGCUUUACAGUUUUUGUACAGGCAAACAAGCUGCAGCAACACAUAUUCUCAGCCCACGGACAGGAGGACAAGAUCUAUGAUUGUGCCCAGUGUCCGCAGAAGUUCUUCUUUCAAACAGAGCUGCAGAACCACACAAUGACCCAGCACAGCAGCUAGUGCAGAACCCGGAUCAUCAAAUGAUUCUUUGGUGGAACAAAACAAAAAAAAGGAGAAAAAUGAACAUAAAGGGAACAUGUUUUAUUCUUUGCACGAAACAUUGAUUGUUCUUGUAUAUUAAUCAAAACAUUGUAUUUUACCAUAAAACUUGUAUUAAUGGAUUGGAUGUUCAUGUGUUUGGACUUUUGAGCACCGGAUCAAAUUAUUGUAUAUACAGUGUUGCACAUGUAUUAUUCUGUUCAAUACUUAAAUGGUCUUCUAAAGACAGCCGACUUGGGCCCUAUUCAAAGAGAGAAGUUGAGAAUCCGUUAUGGAAUAAGAAGCAUGCAUCCUGCAAACGUGCUGCUUUAAAGGGAGGAGCAAGAAACCAGAUUGUUAUAAUAAAGGCUGUGUGGCACCAGGGUUCCCAAUGGGCCUUGGUCUCUACACCCAGCCUUAGUAUACAAACAGCUAUAUAUAAAAAUAAUUCUUUUUUUAUACUACAGCUGAAGAUUCUUGCACAGGAAAACCUUUCUCACUGCGCAGAGAAGUAUCUUGAAUAAGGCCCAUAUAAAUAUAUUUAAAUAUAUAUUUGUAAGCCUUGCAGUAUGACAGAUAGCAUUAUCAUAUAUGCAAUAGUUGUUAUGUAGAUUGUCCAGGAAACUUUUUUUUUUUCUUCUGAAACUAUUUGAAGCUUUGUGUGUUCAAAAUAAAAAAAAAAAAAAAAUCCUUUUCCUUAAUGAUUUCACACAGCCAAAUCUUUGAAUCCGUUCAACUAACCUGUAUGUUACUGUUAUUAAUGUUUACUCUGCGGUCUGAACCUGGAGAUUACUGGAAUUGUUUUCCAAGAGAAAAUAAAUUCAAUUUACCAUGA